AAUUAGAGAAAGCAAAAUAUAAAAUGUACAUAGAGUAUAACAGUGUACAAUUAUGUUUGUUUACUUUUGGUGCUCCUUUGAACAUAAUCACAACCACAGUCCAAACCUCACUGUGAUGAACAAUUGACAUUAUUAAAUCGAUAGCUAUGAGUGAACAUUUACAUAUACACUGGGCCAAUCUAUUUUAUUCAGCUGCCAACACAAGGUAAGUAUCUAGCUAAAUGUAGCCAUCACAUCUUAUCCUGAAAAACGAAGGGUCGACUUGCCUCUGAAAUCCCCAUGCAAUGACAGUUUUAAUUGUCUACUUUAGCGCAAUAUAAGUUAUCUAAAUUGAGGUAAGUGAAAGCAAUUGAGAGUAUGUUUAAAAUCCACUGUGGCUGCAGAAGGCUUCAAUACAUUAACGAUUAUCAACGGCCAUCAUCAUAACUCCUGGCACCAUAUUAUUAUUGUUGAAAGAAUAAUACACAGGAAAGGAAUUCGUCAGAAAAUGACUGACAUGAACACUGGUGAAUGAUAAUGCAGAGAAUAAAAGACGGUAGCCAAUUGGGUUUAAGAAGAACGGCGGGAUUUCCUGUACGUGACUCUUGGAGGCCCCACCCUUUGUGUUUCCCUCACAGUCAAUCAAAACAGAAAAAAUUGACUAGAAUCUACGAUUGCAGCUGCCAUCGAUUAAUGUAAUCAUGUUUGGCGUGUGAUAAUACCGAGAUUCUGCGAAAUAAAAUAAUUCACGCAAUGACUGGUAUGUAAUAUUCAACAUAACAUCGGUAUGUCUGUGUACCCUUUAGCUAAGCUAAUGUUAGCUAACUAACUGGCUAAUCGUUUUCAACAGUUUAGCCAACAGUAAACGUUAGCCUGCAUGCUAGCCACAACAAUUAUCACAUAGCUACUUAUGAUUCGUAGCUAAAUGGCUUCAGUAUGAUCAUCAACUCAACAACCGCAACUGUAACGGAGCCCCAGAACAGCCAGUGAAACAAGAGGAAAUGGCUGCCUUGGACAGCUGUCAACGCGAGUUUCUGCAGCAAGACGGUGGCACAGGAGACCAGGACACUCAGCCAUCACCGCUCGCUCUGCUGGCAGCUACCUGCAGCAAGAUCGGGUCGCCAUCGUCAGAGGGGGAUAACGGUGCUAUAGUGACUACAAACCUAACAUCCAUCCAGUUAACAGGGAACCCAGAUAGAUGGGAGGUUUUGACCCCCACAACAGCAGUGAACGAGGAACCUGGCAUGGUCCAAAUCCAGAGUCAACGGAUUGUGACAUCAAACGGACAGUAUGUUCUUCCUCUCCAGAACCUUCAGAGCCAACCGAUCUUUGUAACAUCAGGAAGCGACACCUCCGCCAACGCAGUGCCUAACAUUCAGUACAUUCAGACAGCUGAUGGACAGCAACUAAGCUUCUCCACCUCCUGUGUGGAGGGGGCCACUCUGAGCCAAGAUGCCACAGGGCAGAUCCAGAUCUUGCCCAGCGGAACUCAAACUAUAAGUGUGACAGGGGCUGGAGACAUCCUUACUAACAACCAGAACCUCAUAUCACAGACUGGUCAGGUCCAGCAGAUCCAGGGAGUUUCUAUCGGCAGCUCCACCUUUAACAACCAGGGUCAGGUUGUCACUAAUGUGCCUAUGGGGUUGCCAGGGAACAUCACCUUUGUCCCCAUUAACAGUGUGGACUUGGACUCCCUGGGCCUCUCUGGUGCUCAGACUAUAGCAACAGGGGUCACUUCUGAUGGCCAGCUGAUCAUGACCAGUCAGCCUGUAGACAGCUCUGAGAAUUUGGAGAAGACAGCUGACCAACUCUCACAAACUCUAUCUGUAAAUGACUCGAAUGCUAACACAGAAAUGUAUGUACCAACGUCCUCGGCCCAGCUGCCUGAGACCAUAGAUGAGACGGGUGUUCUGACCCAAGCCACAGAGCAGACAGAUCCCUCUGGUCUCCAGGAGAGCUACAUUCAGCAAAACGAAGUUCAGAACAUCCAGGUGUCCUCAGGCCAGUCCAUCAUCCAGCUGCAGCAGGUGCCGGUCCAGACCAGCGAUGGGCAGGUGGUGCAGGCAGCAGGUGGGCAGAACGUGCAGCUCUUCAACCCAGGGACCUUCAUAAUUCAGGCCCAGACCGUCACACCCUCAGGCCAGAUCCAGUGGCAGACCUUUCAGGUGCAGGGGGUCCAGAACCUGCAGAACCUCCAGCUGCCCACCAACCCAGCCCAGCAGAUCACCCUGGCCCCAGUGCAGGCCCUGUCUCUGGGCCAGGGAGGAGCGCAACAGAUCCCCAACCUGCAGACUGUGACAGUCAACUCUUUGGCCCAGACAGGCAUUCAUUUCCAACAGGCAGAGGACACUGAUAGCCCUGGAGACAUCCAGAUAAAGGAGGAGCCAGAUUCAGAGAACUGGCAGCUGGGCAGUGACUCCACUCUGAACACCAGUGACCUGUCCCACCUGCGUGUCAGGCUAGUGGAUGAGGAGGACCAGCUCGACGAGGGGGGCAAGAGGCUACGCAGGGUGGCCUGUACCUGUCCCAACUGCAAAGAGGCUGGGGGGAGAGGAUCCAACAUGGGCAAGAAGAAGCAGCACAUCUGUCACAUUCCGGGCUGUGGGAAGGUGUACGGGAAGACGUCCCACCUGCGAGCGCACCUGCGUUGGCACUCUGGGGAGCGACCCUUUGUCUGCAGCUGGAUGUACUGUGGGAAGAAGUUCACGCGUAGCGACGAGCUGCAGAGACACAGGAGAACACACACAGGGGAGAAGAAGUUUGUCUGCCCGGAGUGUUCUAAGCGCUUUAUGCGGAGCGACCACUUGGCCAAGCACAUUAAAACACACCUGAACAAGAAAGGAGUCAUGAACUCUGUGAGCAGUGCGGUGGUGGCCUCCAUGGAGUCUGCGGGCUCGUCAGACAGCAUCAUCACGGCGGGCGGCACUACCCUCAUCCUCACCAACAUCCAGCAGGGCUCCAGUAAUGCCCAGGACAUCCUGGCCAAUGCUGAGAUCCCCCUGCAGCUAGUCACCGUAGCAGCCGGAGAAGUCCUGGAGAGGGCCGAGUCACAGUGACACUCAUUAACUCUUCAUGAACUUCUGCAUCAUUCAUUUUCCCCGCUUUUUUUUAUUUUAUAUACAAACAUGAAUAUAUAUUAUAUUUUUAAGAAGAAUGAUAGCAUUAAAUGUGGUUACAAUACAUACCCACUAAAAUGCCUUAUUUUGUAUCAUAUUGUGGAGUUGAAAAGGUGGAACAGCAUGUGGUUUUUAAGAUACUGUCAAUUGCUUAAAGGUUUGAGUUAAAUGUGUAUACAAAUAUUGUUACAGAAAUUAAGCGAUUGGAUAUUGCCAGUCUAAAGCCCUUGUUGAUAUGUGUUUUAAUGACAGCCAUGGUUAGGUCUGUCAGAUUUAAGCAAAACGUUAGUUAACAUUGAGUGUGAUUCCAGUUAUUUUCCUGAAGUAACUUCUUGCUUACGUCCAGAUGUGUCUUCAUGUAAAUGUUCUAAUGUAAUUCACUUUUUUGUAGUAUGCAUUUCUUUAUUUUGUUUUGUACUUUCUUCCUGAUUGUUUGUGUUAUAUUUGUGCUUGCCUAAAACUCUGCAAGCUUCACCCCCACCCUGCUCAGUUGCAUCCUGAAUAAUAUUGCAGGUGGCAAAAAGAAAACAAUAGUGUAUUUAGAAUGUUGUAUAAUAAUUCCUAUUUAACAUCUACAAUUGAUCUAAUGAUGUAAUAUGCAUUUCUUGCAAAUCAAGUGUUUUGAGUGUUACAGCUCUUUAUAUUAGGCUUUGCAUAGUAAAUUGGUUUUGUGGUAUUCCAAGGUCCAAAUUCUUUAAAUGGUUUUUGAAAUGUGUAUAGUGUAAUAUUCAAAUGUGUUUCUUUUGUAAAAACAAUUUCUAAAUGAUUCCCAAUUUCAAAAAAGGUGAGUCAUUUUCAUGAGAAAAAAAAGCCAUGCUUAGGUGUUGAAUUGCCAAAUUUGACUGUAAUCUCAGGGUGACUUGGUCAUGCAGUACUGUCAGGUUGCACGGUAGAGCAAUCCUCCCCUGUAGUCCCUAGGGCUGCUGUGGGGUGUUGUGUAGAAGAUGUGCUAUUCGAUGGACCAAAAGCCAAGGUGAAUUAUGCUGUAGCCAUGUUACCUAUGCUCUAUAAACUGUAUAUGUCAAGAGUCUUUAGAUGACAACCCCCCCCCUUUAUGAAAUAGUUAGGUAAAAAGAUCCAUUCUGUGUCCGCGCCUCAAUCAAUCAGUCCUCUAAGACAAGUGAAAUGGUGUCACUGUAUCGCAGUAGGCGGUACUCUUUUAAUCGCACUCUUCUCUUCACCUGCAGUUUGAUAAUUAUCUUUUUGUAUAAAACUCUUUGUAUACUGCCCAUGAAACUGUGUUGGUUAUGCUCUUUUAUCUCUGUACAUGUUUCUCUCUGUUUUAUAUAUAUUUUUAAUUGGAGUAGGUUUUGACUCCCUUUCCUGUAGUAAUAUAUCUACGUAUCUAUGUUUUUAUUCAGAUUAUGAAAUGUGAGAUUGAAGAAAGUGAAUUGUGUGCAUUGUAUCUGCUGCUGGGAUUGUUUGUUGUAGUGAUGUUCUGGAAAGUUGUUUUGAACUCAUAAGGCCCUGAGUAGCUUUAAGCCCACCAUCAUAUAAUUGAACUAUACUAUACACUGUGUGGUCAUUAACAAAACACUAUUAUACCUCACAGAUUCACAUUUUGAAGUGAACAUGACAAUCUCAAAAAGUUUAAAUCUGGAUGUUUGUCAUGUUAUAAAUCCUUGGUUUUUUAUUUUGUAACAUUUGGUAUUCAUUUCACGUAUUUUAUUCUGUCCACUUUUUGUGCGCAGCACAUUAUUUCAUACUAAAAUGACUAAACAUUA